AUGGAGAACGAAGCAAAGAUUGCAACCAGCACAAGUGAAGUGUGUAUACAGCUUGAUAGGAAGUGUGGGAUAGAUGAGAUCGAAAGGCUUAUAGGUUUUGAUGUGCCAGGGCGAUGCCUCGAUGCUUAUGCGAUUCUAAGGGAAUCUAUGGAGUGCCACGAAUACUCCAGUAGUUUGUAUAAGAUGUAUAUAUCGGUGUUUCUGAAGAUAUUAGAUGGCAAUGAGAGAGUUGAGGAGAUUAUGCGUGAUAUUUCAUCGAUAUCGCUAUUCAGAGAGAUGGAGUUUGGGCUCAUUAACUCCUUUAUUGAAGCAGUGGUAUGGAAGGUUGGCCAUGGCGAAUGUGUAGGAAGAUAUGAGGUGUUUGUGGAAGGACUUUGUGAAAAGAUAAAGAGAGGGAUGAUUAGAGACGUUGCUGAUUGGCAAGAUGAUGAUGGACUGAUGAAUAUGAAGCUUGACUUUUUGCUUUUGUCGUUGAAGUUGAUUGAAAUGUUUGUAGAAGAUAAGGUUUGCACUGGCGAUCGCAUUCCCAAAGAGAAGCAGGAAAGAUACAGGUUUUCGAACGAGUGUCUGUAUGAGACAUUUACGAUAAUCAGCAAAACAAGUGAAUUUGAGGAUGACUUUGUGUCUGUGUUCAAGACCGUGCUUUCAAUUGAUUCACUAGUGGGCGAAAGCGUUCCAGAAAGAAUUGAGGAGGUGCUGGCAGUGAUUGAGGGACUUCCAAUUUCAAAGAAGAAUCUUGGAAGGAUUAUUGCACAGAUGGCAAAUGUGUGUGCCCAUGAUGGAGUUGCGUUUAAGGGCCUGAUGCUUUCGGUAUUUACAACAAACUGCCUGGAUGCAUUGGAUGCAUGCCACAGGAAUGAACUUAUGGAUGUGCUGGUGGAGAUAGCGAAUCGCCAACCAAAAAAUGGGGAACUAUCCGCAGGAAUGCCAGACAUGUUUAAAAGGAUUUUCUACAGAAUCAGAGAUUCAGAGUCGAGCCAGAAAUACAAGAUGAUGUGGAACUUCUUGUUGUUUCUGUCGAAGGUGAUAAUUGAAAGAGAUGUCAAAGAAAUCAAUGGAAUUUUUCUGAGGUUUGUUGUGAGACAUCCAGAAACGAUUGAGCUUUACUCGGAAUUUGUUCUCAUCAACCGAAUUGAUUUCCCUGUGCAUACGAUUCACCAAAGCAUCAGGCUUGACUUUAUGCAGAAGUUCUAUCCUAUUUUGUUUGGCAAGGUUCGGACAGAGCAGCACGAUAUGGGGCAUGUUGAUGGCCUUGUUUCUGAAUUUCUGAAGUUUUUCCUGACGGUCAAGAGUAAGGAUCUGAUCCAUGCUCUUUCGCUGGUGCCUUGCAUUCCUGUGAAGAGAGAGAUACUGUAUGUGCUAUAUGAGAUAUAUUCGUUUGUUUUUGAAAAGGGCAUAUUUGGUUGCAUAGGAACUUUUCCUCUCAAGACGCCAGCACUUGUUGGAAUAUCGUCGAGCAUAUACUAUGAUGUAAAAUAUCUUCCUAGGCUUGCAAGAGACCUGGGGGUUUCUGGUGCUGAGCCACGGAUGCUGGUGUUUCUUGGCAUCAUAUAUCACUGCGAGGCCAGGAAGCUCCAUAAUUUCAAUUUCAGUGGGAUUCUUGAGUAUAUACAGGACGAAGAUGGGAUAAGAAUGGCCGGAGAUAGCCUAGUGCAUGUAAUUAGACACAUACACGAUGGAUAUGUAAGUAGAUCGCAUGCAUUUACUCUCUCAUAUGUAAAUUCUCUACUGGAGAUUGCUCAAAGGCCAAAAACAAUAGAAACAACGCUCGUGAUGAUUGAAAACAUUCUUAGAAAGUUGCUUGAACGAGAUGAGAAGAUUGUUUUUACAAAGGAGAUCCACUGCCGGUUUCAAAGGCUUUUCGAGGUAUUUGGGCAUAAGAAGUUUUUGAAUGUGUGUGUCAUUGAGUCGUAUAGAGAGCUUUACAAAAAGAUUCUAGAAACAAUCAAAUGCGCAUCUAACUUUUACAACUAUAUUAUUCUUUGUAUUGCAGAUAUUUCUUUCUUUGACAAGGAAUUUCCUAAAGGUCUGUUCAGGUCGUUCAACGAUCUGUAUACCUACACACUAUCGAGGAUGAAGGUGGUGGAAGGAUUUCCGGAUGUCUUUAUUGCUAACCAGAAGCAUAAGAUGAGCAUUGCUGAUGGGGCCGAGAUAAGCGCAGAUAAAUCUGAAAGCUGCGUACCGCAUAUAGAUAUUGAUAGAACUAAAGAAGGAAUAGCAUUUGGUAGUGCAUAUAGCGGCAUAAAGUAUGAUGAAAAAGACAAUGCUUGUAUGAGAUCAGGAUCAUUAGAAAGCAUCAGCAAUUCGGUGGGAGGUGCUUCUAUUUUGCAAGCAUUGCCUGGAUAUGCGAUAAGCAUAGAAAUGCUUGACAAGAGCAUCAGGCGUCAAGAGAAAUCUGUUAUAUGGCUUAUCGACACUAUUUACACAAGAAGAGCACAAAGUACAGUGAUAAGGAUGGCAUUGGAUCUGUUGAAGCUAAGGCUAAAGCAAAUGUUUGAAUAUGAAGAUCUGUAUAUUCUCCUAAAGGCUUAUAACAUCCUGUGCAUCCGAGAGAAUGAUUCUGAGGAUUUUCUAAAGCAGGCGUUAUACAGAGGAUUGGAUUUCAGGACGGACUCUAUGGUAUGCUAUAACCUAUCCGUUGAAACGAAUGGGUUUUACCGGUUUUUCUUUCGUUCAUUACAUUUUGCAGUGUCUGGGCAUGCACCUGCGGAUGAUCUGAUGUUUCCUGAGCGGGCAGGGUUGUUCUUGAAGUUUGAUACAUCUGAUCUGAUAUACAUACAGAAUGCAUUUCGGCAGAAGAUGAUUCAAAGGUUGCUUGAAAAGUCCUCUGUGCCAUCAUACAGGUCGUAUUUUUUCAACAUGAGUAAUCUUGGAGUGAUGGAUUGCCUUACAAUAAUACAGAGAUUGGAGACUCCACUUGUGAUGCAUAGUGUGUUUUUGCAGCUGCAGAAGCUCAAAAGCGAGAUGUUUUUCUAUGUUCCACAGCUAGUGCAAGCACUUAGAAACAGAAAUGCAUUUGAAAAUGUCUCUUCAAUAAUCAGUAUGCUUGCAUCGGACGAGUUUGUGUCGCAUCAGCUUGUUUGGAACCUGAAGGCCAAUCUGUACAGCGAUGUGAACAUGAAGAUCAAGGAUGAAUGCCAUGAAGUAUUUUUGCGGUGUAUAGAGCAAAUACUGAGCAGCAUGUCGGCCGAGGCAAAGGAAGUGUUUAUGAAGGAAGAGGAGUUCCUUGCGAGCCUAUCGAAUAUCUCAUGUAGCAUUGCGCCGUAUCUUAAGGCAUCGAAGGAUGAGAAGAGAAGAAGGAUUAACGAGUAUCUCUCUUGCAUAAGCCUGCAGCCUGGGGUUUAUGUUCCUUAUUCGCCUGAAUGGAAGAUUAUUGAGGUGAUCAAUGGAUCUGCAAGGGUUCUUCAAAGCCACUCGAAGGUGCCUUUUGUGGUGUCCCUGAAGGUUCAGAAUGCAAAUGGCCAUGUUUGUGUGAAGCAGCUGAUUUUCAAGCAUGGGGAUGACUGUAGACAAGACAUGCUUGCGCUGCAAGUCAUAUCGAUGUUUGAGCUGAUAUUUAAACAGGCGAACCUGGACAUUUUUCUGUAUCCGUACAAAGUGAUAGUCACGUCUUGUGGAACAGGCAUUAUUGAAGUGAUACUGAAUUCGAAGUCUCGCGACCAGAUAGGCAGGGAGAACAUCAACAAUCUGUCUGAGUAUUUUGAAUACAAGUUUGGGUUUAAGGAGAGCGAGGGGUAUCUGUCUGCACUGUACAACUUUGCAUCGAGUCUUGCUGGAUACUCAUUGGUUGUUUACUUCCUGAAUAUCAAGGAUAGGCACAACGGAAACAUAAUGAUAGACGAUAAAGGAAGGAUAAUUCAUAUCGACUUUGGGUACAUGCUUGAGACAUCUCCUGGGAACUUGAAUAUUGAAGCGCCGAUGAAGCUGACCAAGGAGAUAGAAGAAUUGCUUGGAGGAGUAUCUGGCAAGGGGUUUGAGAUAUACCAGGAUCUGAUGGUCAAAGGGUUUCUAGCAUUGAGAAGAAACAGUAAGGACCUGGUGAUGAUGAUAGAUUCGUUCAUUGAAAGCAAGCUGCCAUGCUAUAAAAAGAAUGCAGUUGAAAACUUUGUUCUACGGUUCAGGCAUGAGCUAUCGGACAAGAAUGCAAAGAGGUUUAUUAUGUCAUUGAUAGCAGAGUCAUCGCAGAAGUUCAGGACGUGGAUGUAUGAUCAGUAUCAGAAUUUGACAAAUAACAUUUCAUUCUGA